UUGUUCUUCUUGUUUUAAAGCUUUGAGCAAAACCAGAAACCAAUUUUCUCUCCUCAUUUUUUCAGGUCCUUAUUUGUCUUCUGUCUUUGUGAUUGUUGUUGGUUUCUUCUGUUCCUGAGUUUAUAUCCUUCACCUGUUUAUCUAUAUCACAAAAGAAAACAAAGAAGGUUAAAUAUAGGAGUGAUAGCUAGAUAGAUUUCAGAGUGCCAUUUUUAUAGGCUCUUUUCUUGUGGCUGUGUCAUAGAUAGACAGAUAUAGACAGAUUAUAUCCCCUUGAGUGAACACAAGAUUCUCUCUUUUGUUCAUCAACACCAAAAAUAUCUAUUCUUUUCUUGGUUUUAUUUUUAGUUGAUUUUAUUUGAUCAAUUCAAAGGUCUCUACUUUCUUUCUGGCCAUGGCUGCUCCUCAAUUUGAACUACACAACCCUCAUCCUCAUCAGAAAACUCCCAAACAAGAAGAAGGGAAAGAAAAGGAAGCAAACCCAGAUGUUCAAUCCACAGAGUCCUUCCAAUCCAAUCUGGCUCUUAGCAAGGAUGGAAGCUCAUCUGAUGCAGCAUCUUGCAUAUCAACUGCAGGAGAUACAACUGCUAGUGUGAAAAAAGGUGAUGCAGAUGUAGAUGCAGAUUAUGAAUCCGUGGCUUCCUAUCCAACCACCGCCUAUUAUGGAUAUAGCUAUCCAGGUAGUUAUGAUAUGGAAAACCAAGGAUACUAUGUCGGUGGAAGUACCGGGAUGGAAGCUCAAUACCCUGUCAUGCAAGCAGAUAAUGGCUCUUUUGUCUACUUGAUGCCAGGAUUUCAGCCUGGCUAUGAUCCGUACAUGCAAUACCUGCCCAUGACUACAAUCAGUAGUGAUGGACAAUAUGUUGGUCAGCAAAUGUAUUCACCGAUCAGCCCCAUAUACCAAUCUCCUAUCAAUUCUCCUGGAUAUAAUAUUCCCUCUCCUCUUUCUUAUGGGGAAUUAAGCCCAACAACCUACUUGUGGGAUCCUUCUCUUAUCGGAGAUGGAACAUAUGGAAAUGGCUAUAAUGGAGUUUUAGAAACACCGACUUCUAAACCAAAUUUCUCAUCCCCUAGUCACACUCAUGCUCCGUUCUCUAAAUCGUUUACACCACCUUCAGGGAAUGCUCCUUCUGAGGCUAAGAGCUUGGGCUACGGUGCACGAAAUCAGCCAAAAUCAGUAAACAAGGCCUCACUGCAUCCUCCGGCUCUCCAAUCAGAAGCAGCAGCCAAAGGGUACUAUUCCGUUGCAAAUUUUCCUGUCUAUAACCAAGGGACAGGUGGUUUGAUGUAUCCAAACAAUUCAUUAAAAGCAAAUCCAAAGAGUUGGGGUGUUCCUGAGAAGCUGAAAACAAGAAGUAAGGCUAAUACUACUAGAGAUAUGAAUUUUUUUAGUGAAAAGAACAAUGGUCCCAGAACAACCAAUCCUAAAGGCACCUUAGUCUCCACAAGUGACAAGGAUAAUGGAAAAUGUGACAACACAAACUCUAUUAUCAGGAAGGAGCAGUACAACCUUCCUGACUUUCCAACCAAAUAUGAGCAGGCUCUUUUCUUUGUUAUCAAAUCUUACAGUGAAGAUGAUAUUCAUAAGAGCAUUAAGUACAAUGUAUGGGCUAGUACUCCUAAUGGCAAUAGGAGGCUGGACAAUGCUUACCAAGAUGCACAAGAGAAUGCAGCACAGAAAGGCUGCAAAUGUCCUGUAUUCCUCUUCUUUUCGGUUAAUGCAAGUGGUCAGUUCUGUGGAGUAGCAGAGAUGGUUGGCCGUGUUGAUUUUAAUAAGAACAUGGAUUUCUGGCAACAGGAUAAGUGGAAUGGUUAUUUCCCAGUCAAGUGGCAUAUCAUAAAAGAUGUUCCAAAUCCCCAGUUACGACAUAUAAUACUUGAGAAUAAUGAAAACAAGCCUGUGACCAAUAGUCGAGACACACAAGAGGUCAAAUUCGUUCAGGGUAUUGAAAUGUUGAGCAUUUUCAAAAAUCAUUUGUCAAAGACAUCGAUAUUGGAUGACUUUGAUUUUUAUGAAAACCGUCAGAAAGUGAUGCAGGAGAAGAGGAUCAGGCAGUCUACACCAUACUAUGAUUUGCAGCACAAAAUCGAAAAAUUAACAAUUACUGCUUCGGAGUAAGAAAGGUUACAGGCAAUAGAAGGAAAGGAGCACUGAACACUAUUCACCUGAAGAUGGCACGAUUGUUUCUUAUGAACCUCAAGAACUUGGUUGAUAUGGUUCUUCCUUUUUUCCGUCUCUUGCCUACUUGCUUUAGUCCUUUCAGCACAAGUGUCCUCCAGGGCCUCAGUCUUCCUCUCCUUUGCUGAAUGUAAUUGUAAAAAGAAAGAAAAAAGAGAAGAGUUUCUGGUAGUUUCCAUUUCUCGACAGGUCUCUCAAGCGAGAGAAUAAAUUGUUUUUCCUUUUCAUGAAGACAAAUGGCUGCAUAUAGCUAGUCAUGUAGCCCAAAAAGGUUGUACACAUGCAUAAAAGAACCACAGAAGAUUCAAUCC